CGUAAUCAAAGGAUUCUCAUCGAGAAUGAGAUUGCUGCACCACCGCAAUACCAACUUGGUGCAACCUCUGCAGGGCUGUCCAAGUUGGUCUUGCGGUGGUGCAGCCAAGGCCUAUCUUACUUUUCCCAGUUUCUGUUCAGGGGUUGCCAGCACUCCAUGGCACAUUGGAGGCUGUUGCGCUGGAAAUGAACCAAGCAUACGAGUACAUGUUCAAUCACCCGACUGCCCCUGCCAUACUCAAGGAUGCCCUCCCGGCUUACCACCUGCAGCUGAACCGCAGGGGUGGAGAGCUUGAAGACCUGAUUACUCCAGUAGAAGCGAUUUGUUUGAGCCACGUAACUGCCUUCUUCAAGCGCCCCGCCUAAGCGUCUCUCCUCCUGCACACAAAAGCGCCCA